UAGCCUCCUCGCUUCCUUCUAUAGCGUCCAUCAUCACGCGACCCUAGGUGCAUGCCGUAGACUUUUGCCAUUGCCGUCCAGCGCAGCCGCCAAUUAUCUGCCAGCAUUCCUCAGAAUUCUCCAGUUUUACGACGGAUACUGUUGUCUGGUUUGAUCGCUUAAUUGCUGGCUUGCCUGUUACGUGCAGAAUUUUGAUGUACGGUAUAUGUGACGAGGUUCGUUCGUGAGUCAGGGGAUCCACGAGGUGGAAAUACCCCGGCAUAUCGGCGGAAGUGCCACUAUGGCGAUCAGGGUUGAAGAUCGCAUAUGUGCAGGCCAGACCCUUCGAAUUCGACGUGGCCGGACAACGGAGUGAGCCAUGAGGGCACCCAUCGCGAUCUUGACGCUUUUGCUGCUGUCUUUGCCCUUUAGCAUAGCGCAAGGGACUCUGACUGAGGCUAUAGAACAGUUGCCUGCGUGCGCGUUGAAAUGUCUCGUUUCCGCCAUCAGCGAGUCUCCCUGCCAACUCACCGACCAAACAUGUAUAUGCACGAACCAGAAACUGCAGCUCGACGUAGAAGUCUGCGUGUUGCAAGCAUGCUCCAAGAAAGAGGCUCUGACCACCAAAAACAUCACAUCGACAAGCUGCGGUGCCCCAAUCCGUGACAGCUCAGCCCUCUACUGCACGAUUUCCACCACGCUGGCUGUCCUGUCCGCUGCCCUGGUGCUGCUGCGCCUCGGCUACAAGAUGUUCAUAACUUCCAUGGAACUUGGACUCGACGACUGCUUCGUCUUCAUCACACUGCUCGCCGGCACCCCCAGUUCCGCCAUCAACGUCCUCGGGCUGGCCGCCAAUGGCCUAGGCAAAGAUGUCUGGACGCUGCGCUUCAACCAGAUCACAAGCUUCUCGAAAUACUUUUACAUCAUGGAGAUUAUGUAUUUUGCGCAGAUCACGCUCCUCAAGCUCUCACUGCUGUUCUUCUACCUGCGCGUGUUCCCCGGGAAGCCCGUGCGAAGGGUCAUCUGGGCGACGGUGAUAUUCAACAGUCUCUUUGGCGCGGUGUUUGUCACAGUUGCCAUCUUCCAGUGCAGGCCGAUCAGCCACUACUGGAACGAGUGGCACGGCGAGACGCCGGGGACGUGCAUCAAUAUCAAUGCGCUUGGCUGGUCCAACGCUGCGAUUUCGAUAGCGCUCGACUUCUGGAUGCUGGCGAUACCCAUCUCCCAACUUCUGGACCUGCAGUUGGCGUGGAAGAAGAAGGUCGGCGUUGCGUUGAUGUUCUGUGUCGGGACGUUUGUCACAGUAGUAUCGAUCCUCCGCCUGCACUCCCUCGUGCACUUCGCCAAAUCCAUCAACCCCACCUGGGACUACUGGGCCGUGUCGAACUGGUCCACCGUCGAGAUCAACGUCGGCAUCAUGUGCGUCUGCAUGCCAUCUCUGCGUAUAAUCCUCGUGCGCUUCUUCCCCAAGGUGCUCGGCACCAUGCGAAGCAACACCGGUGGCUAUGCGAGAUACGGAUCCAGCAGUCGCAUCGAGAGAGUCAAGAUCGGAAACAGCAAUGCAAGCACUGGCCAUGACAAGGGGAUGGAAGACGACGUAGAGAUGAUCAUACGAGAAGCUCCUUCCGUUGAUGAUUCGCGUUCGGAUGUGUAUAAAAGCCGGGUGUACAGAUGACCCGUGUAGCCAGACUGGAAUGCCUCACAUGCCUUUGGGAGUUACGGUCACGGUGUUAGGGCUGUGCGCACAUACUCUCUGCGCCAUCAGUGAAUCAGAACAAACAU